AUGCGUAUGGACCACCUGGCGCAGGCGCUGGAAGACCUGCGCAACCGGGGCGUGCGUCCCAAGUACAUCUACACCAUCCCAACCCUCCAGAACCCCACCGGAACCGUUCUGACGAUGGAACGCCGGUUGCGGAUGCUGGAAUUGAGCGAAGAAUAUGGCGUCCCCAUAUUCGAGGAUGAGUGCUACGCCGACCUCAUAUUCGAGGGCGAAUACGAGAACGCCAUCCGGUCAAUGGACGACAGCAACCGGGUGCUGCACAUCGGCUCGUUCUCAAAGACCCUGGGCCCCGGUACGCGCCUGGGCUACGUGGUGGCGCCGUGGGACGUGAUGAGCCGUCUGCUCUCCCGCAAGAACGACGCCGGCACCGGCGUCAUGGACCAGAUGAUCGUGGGUGAUUAUUUCACCAACCACUAUGAAGACCACAUCCUGGAGGUCCGCUCGGCUUUGAAGCGCAAAUGCGACACGCUGAGCAGCGCGCUCCGCGAGUCGUUCGGGCCGAGCGUGGAGUUCGAAGUGCCCCGGGGAGGCAUGUACCUGUGGGUAAAGCUCCCUGAAGGCGUCGAUUCCCGCGAACUGAACGGCCCGGCGCUCCGGGAAGGCAUCGCGUUCAACCCCGGACCGGAAUGGUCAGCCGACCCCGACGCAGCAGCCAGCUACAUUCGGCUCUGCUUUGCUCUGCCGUCCGAGGCGGAGAUAUGGGAAGGGGUGGAAAAGUUGGCCGACGUAUUUCGCAGGGAGGGGGCGGUUGCCUGA